UAAUUUCGGAAAUUUCGGGAAAAUUAACUUUCAAACUGUUUUAAGCACCCGGUCUCAAAUCAUAGGUAUCUCUAUUUUAGAAUUUGGUAUAUGCAUGCAUUCGUUAAUUAUCGGAAUGGCUUUAUCCGUCGCGGGUGAUGAAUUUGUUCCAUUAUUUGUCGCAUUGAUAUUUCACCAAUUGUUUGAAGGCCUUGGGAUCGGUUCUCGUGUUGCUGAGCUCAAAUUUCCUCCGAACAGUUAUGCACCAUGGUUGAUGUCAUUGGCUUACGGAACUACAACUCCGGCAGGCAUUUUGAUAGGCUUAUUAAUUCGUGAUUCCUACAACCCUAAUUCAGGUACUGCACUUAUUGUGCAAGGUGUUUUUGAUUCAGUAUCUGCUGGAAUUCUUUUAUAUGCUGCCAUGGUCGAGCUUAUUGCCAAUGACUUCAUUUAUGACUCGGGAUUUCAAAAAAUUCCCAAAUCCGAUCAAAUCACUGCAUUCAGUUGUUUAAUUGUUGGUGCCGGUAUUAUGUCUUUGAUUG